AGAUCAAAGAAUUGCACCAGUGCCACUGCCACCUAGCUCACCCUGUCAUUUUCAAAUUGAAAAAUUAUAAACUCAAAAUCAAUCAAAGAGUGCGUCAAACUGCUACGCGUGAUUCUUAAUUCUUCUUGCUCUUUCUGAAGACCAAACUGCUUCUAAUUCUUCUUCUUCUUCUCUUCAUGGUAUAUAUGCACGCGCCAACUCACCACCACAUGCAUAUACACACGAGAAAUCAUCAAGAAGGAGAAGAAGGCUAGAGAAAUCAAGAAGAGAUCGAUCGCCAUUGGCGAGGUGGAGAGGAGCUCGCGGCAAUGUCGUACCUGCAGAAGCCAUCCUACUACACCAUCUCGCUCGUCGUCGUCCUCCUCCUCCCGUUCACCAUCCUCUUCGCGAGCUUCCUCCUCCCCUUCUCCGCUUACCUGCGCGGCCCGCCGCCGAUCGCCGCCGGCUCCGUCGUGGCCGGCGGCUGCCGCCAUGGCGCGGCAGACGGUGGCGGCGGCGGCGGCGGUGGUGGUGGUGUUCGUCCGGAGAUCAGCAUCCUCGUCGGCGUGCACACGAUGGCCAAGAAGCACUCGCGGCGGCACCUGGUGCGCAUGGCGUACGCGGUGCAGCAGACGGCGGCGCUCCGCGGCGCGGCGCGCGUGGACGUCCGGUUCGCGCUGUGCGCGCGGCCGAUGCCGCAGGAGCACCGCGCGUUCGUGGCGCUGGAGGCCCGCGCCUACGGCGACGUGAUGUUGAUCGACUGCGACGAGAGCCCUGACAAGGGGAAGACGUACGACUACUUCGCCGGCCUGCCGGCGAUGCUGUCCUCCGGCGGCGGCGGCGGCGGCGGUGGCGAGGGGCGGCCGUACGACUACGUGAUGAAGGUGGACGACGACACGUACCUCCGGCUGGACGAGCUGGCGGAGACGCUCCGGCGAGCGCCGAGGGAGGACAUGUACUACGGCGCCGGGCUGCCGUUCCUCGACAAGGAGUCGCCGCCGUUCAUGCUCGGCAUGGGCUACGUGCUGUCCUGGGAUCUCGUCGAGUGGAUCGCCGGCUCCGACAUGGCCAAAGCGCUAGCCAUAGGUGCAGAAGAUGUGACAACAGGGACAUGGCUGAACAUGGGCAACAAGGCCAAGAAUAGGGUGAACAUUUUCCCUAGGAUGUAUGACUUCAAGGGUGUCAAGCCAGAGGACUUCUUGGAGGACACUAUUGGUGUGCACCAGCUAAAGCAAGACCUGAGAUGGGCACAAACCUUGGAGCACUUCAAUGUCACCUGCCUUGAUCCCUCCAGCAAGAUGACCAACUCACUACUCUCCUAGCUACUGGCAGCCAUCUAGUUAGCUCUUCUAGAAUCAUCCGUGUAAUUAAUCAAGAUUAGUCUGUAAAUCAAACCCGUAAUUAAUUGUUCAUAAGUUUUCUCUGUGGUGAAUUUCAGAUGGAAUUUGUUUAUACAACGGUUGUUGGUGUGCUGCUUUGGAGCAGAUUGUUAACUUGAGCCGUAAUUAAGCUAUGGAAAUCUCUGAGAAAUUUUAUAUGCAUCACUGCAUCAGUGAUGUGUGCUUGCAAAA